AACCUCUCUCUCCCUCACCCCACUCAAACCCACAACCAUAUUCCUUCACUAUAGCAACGCCGAUACAUUCCACAACCAACACAGGCCUAGAGAGAGUUGUUGCAUUUGUGUAAGAGAUGGAUGUGGUUGGAGUCCUGGCUAUUCAUAUCCUUUUUCUCCCCACCCUUGUCUUGUAUCUCUACUUGAGGAAGCACAAGAGCAAAUCCCAACAAAAAAACAAGCUUCCACCAGGUUCAAUGGGAUGGCCUUAUAUUGGAGAGACUCUUCAAUUCUACUCUCAGGAUCCAAAUGUAUUCUUUGCUGCUAAGCAGAAAAGGUACGGGGAGAUAUUCAAGACUCACAUACUUGGCUGCCCUUGUGUUAUGUUGGCGAGCCCCGAGGCCGCUCGCUUCGUGUUGGUAACUCGAGCUCAAUUGUUCAAACCGACGUACCCAGAAAGCAAGGAGCAAAUGAUCGGUCCAUGUGCUCUGUUUUUUCACCAAGGAGACUACCACACUCGCCUCAGAAGGUUGGUUCAGAGCUCGUUGGCUCCGGAGGCCAUCCGGAAACUUGUCCCCGACAUUGAAGCCAUUGCCGUUUCGACGUUGGAGUCAUGGUCCGGCGGUGACCUUGUUAACACCUUUCGUGGAAUGAAGAAGUUCUCUUUCCACGUCGGUGUACUCGCCGUUUUUGGCAGCUUGGACGCUUAUUAUAAACAACAGUUAGAGAAGAACUACUCCAUACUAGACCAAGGCUAUAACUCUUUCUCAACAAACAUACCGGGAACUCCAUAUCGCAAGGCCAUCUUGGCGAGGAAGAGGCUAAAUCAGAUCCUAAGCGAGAUAAUUUAUCACAAAAAGGAGAAACUAGUGGAGAAGGAUCUCUUGGGUUGUCUCAUGAACUCCAAAGACGAAAAGGGAAACAUCUUGACAGACGAUCAAAUCGCCGAUAACAUCAUCGGGGUGCUGUUCGCCGCUCAAGACACCACUGCCAGUGUCCUUACUUGGAUUCUCAAAUACCUCCAUGAUAACCCAAAACUUCGGAAAGCUGUCAAGGCUGAACACAAGGCAAUAUUACUCGAAUCCAACGAUGGAGGAAACCGAUCCUUGACAUGGGCUCAGACUAGAAAUAUGCACCUUACUUAUAGGGUUAUAUUAGAGAGCUUGAGGAUGGCAAGCAUCAUAUCGUUCACGUUUAGGGAAGCAGUGGCCGAUGUGGAAUACAAAGGAUAUCUCAUUCCAAAAGGUUGGAAGGUGAUGCCCUUAUUCAGAAAUAUUCAUCACAAUCCGGAAUUCUUUCCUGAUACUCAGAAUUUUGAUCCUUCAAGGUUCGAGGUUGCACCAAUACCCAAUACUUUCAUGCCAUUUGGGAAUGGAAUUCAUGCAUGUCCUGGGAAUGAGCUUGCCAAGCUGGAGAUGCUUAUUUUGAUCCAUCAUCUGGUGACAAAGUUCAGGUGGGAAGUGGAAGGAUCUCAAAGUGGGAUUCAGUAUGGCCCAUUUCCGGUCCCUCAGCAUGGACUUCCAGCCAGGUUUUGGAAACAACCCAGAAGCCUAAGACAACGUCCCGGGUGUGCAUGAUUCAAGUCUGAACUCUGAAGAUGCCAUUCAUAAACCAGCCCUUCUCUCUCUUUUUUUUUUUUGCUUUGUUUUGUUUUUGUUUUAAUUUUAUGCUGUAACAAUAUCAACUGUGCUCAGGAAGGGAAGAUAUAUGCCAUUUUUCUCACCUUGUUAUCUAUUCUACUCAGGAGGGGAGAAAAAAGAAAUUUCUUUUCA